AUGCCAGAUGAGCGACGGCGUAUCGUCUUAGAAAAAUCCAAGACUGUAAAACGCCGAUGGCAGCGCAGCAACCAGCGAUUUCAAUUCACCCCAUCCCAGAUUGAACGUCUAGACCGCGAGCAGGAACGAGAGAAGAAAGCAAAGCAGCUACGUGAGAAGGAAAAGAAACGAAUUGCUACCAAGAAACGAAAAGCUGAAGAGGAGGCACGCGUGCGCGAGGAGCGAAAGCGUCGCGGGAUUCCCGAUCCUCAUGCACCCCGCGUUCCGUCCAGUCAACCGCUUCUUUCUAUGUUUCUGGGAGCGGGGAAGUCGAAAUCUACGCCUGCGCUUGAACCCAAACCCGAUCAGAAACAUACAUUUACGGAGACAAAAUCACACGAGGAUGGAGGGGAUACGGAUUCGGGCAGUGCAGCGGGAGACACGGAAGCUGAAUCGGAUGCGUUUGAUGACUUGGACGAAGAAUUGGAGCAUGACCUCUCUGAACUGGAUGCUGGCGCCCCGGAGGAGACCGCAAGCCCUGCAAUGGACGGAGAAACCAAGAAUUCCCUCAAAGACGAGGAUGAGUUCUCAGAAUUCUCGUCCUUCGACGAAGAUAUCAUGAAUCAAGCCGAUGCGGCCUUUACACGGACGUCUGACGAAGAGACCAAGAGCCCUUCUCUACCCCAGCAAUCCCCUCCAGAGCUUCCCUCUCCCCGAUCGCAUGUUGUGCCCUCGCUACAACUAGAAUCUUCUUUUGGAGGAUCAUUUCUUUAUGAUCCAGCCGAUUUUCUUGAAGCAGAGGCAGCUAUUAUGCAGCCGACGAAUGACGAACCUAACGACCUUUCUCGUAAGGAAAAUACACACUUGAAGCAUUUGGAACGACCUUGCAGUAUGCCUGCACUAGGGUCUUCCUUCAGAGACGAGACUGCCGAUUGGAUUGAAGAAGCAUUUGCACAUGGAAUCGAUGACCCUUUUGGCCAACCCAAUAAAAUACCCUUACAAUGA